GCAUCGACUUGAUGGCCUACACCCAGCUUCCUUGAAAAUUGAGAUUGGGCUUCUUGUCCGCUAUUCUCCUCUCAUUGCUCGUUCGUUUGUUCGUGAGAAAUUUACCCCAUCACUUCUCUCACUUACUGAUCUCUCUACCCAUCCUUCGGUCACUUUCAAGGCACUCUCGGAAUAUUGGGGGUUUCAAAUCAUCUGCACUUUGCCAUUUUUCAUUGUUACUACUGUAUUUCACUUUACCCAACUCUCCACUCUCCACCAUCGUCACACCAAGAAGCUAGGUACGCGUAACAUUUUCUGUACUGCCCCGAACCCUUGCGCGAUGUUUUAUCAAUCACUUCUUCCCCCAUCACUACUACCCUAUCAUACUGUACUCUACCCACCCCUCCUCCUCCACCCAUCCACCCAGUUAGUUGUAUGACAGUUAUCGCCUUUGACUUUUUCGUUGACUUGAUGGGAUCCAUUUUUACUUUACCCUGCCAGGUAUAACAGAGGGUUGGGUCCUUGGUCAAUCUAUUGCCUCGAAAUUCCCCUACUCCUCCUGCACAAACUAUUACAGCAAACCUGUUUGUCCUGCCAUUAACACUGCUGAGACCAGACCCCCCAUAACGGCGCAGGUAAAAAAUAGAGAGAGAAGAAAAGGAAAGGAAAGAACUAGACACGAUGGUCAACCCAAUCCUCCUCUUGAGAGUAACUCAGGGUGUCCUCGCAUUUAUUGUUCUCGGAGUCGCCGCAUAUGUUGUGGACGGCUAUGAUGGCGCCGUAGAUGCUGCGAAUUUCCUGGUCUUUGAUUCAGUCUGGACCUUUAUUGCACUCGGUUACGUCGUUGUAACGCCAAUGUUCUUUCCAAACUUCCACAAUCGCUGGGCAGUUCUCGGUGUCGAGGCUAUUACAAUGGUGUUUUGGUUUGCAGGCUUCGUUGCGUUGGCCGCGGGCAUCGAUCGCCUGAGAUGUGAUCGGCAAGGGCGGCGGCUGCAUUUGGGGCUUUUGAAUGGCUUGCUUGGGCAACUUCACUAG